UUUUAAAAAAGAAAAGAAGAAAAAGAAAAAAGAAAAGGUGUUCAUAGCUAAUUUUUUUAAACAAGAAUGAAUGAUGGAGUUUUAGGUGGAGUUUUACGCAAUUCCAUUAACCUCCCAUCCAAUCCCAUCUUCUUCGUCCGUCCCUCAGAGGAAACAAGGGGGGGAUUUUGAUCAGAUGGGUAACGCCGGGAGCAGCGGGCUGAACGGCUGGCGGAGGAGCAACAGCCACCGGAGGGCCCACCCGCCGGCGCCUCCGCCGCAGCAGCCGCAGCCGGAGAUCAGCCCCAACAUGUAUCUAUUCGCGGCGGCAACGCCUUACCCUCCCCAGUAUCCUAACGCGCCGCCGUAUUACCAGUACCCGGGGGGUUACUAUCCGCCUCCGCCGCCGCCUGUGCCGAUGCCCUUGCCGGCCCCCUAUGACCACCACCACCACCGCGUCGACCCGAAUUGGGUUAGCGGACGGUACCCGUGUGGGCCCACGGUGCCUCCGCCGGCGCCGUAUGUGGACCACCAAAAGGCCGUGACUAUCCGGAAUGACUUCGAUCUCAAGAAGGAGACGUUACGGAUCGAGCCCGACGAGGAAAACCCCGGGAAAUACAUCGUGGCUUUCACUUUCGACGCCAUUGUUGCAGGAAGAAUGAUUGUCACUUUCUUUGCAAAAGUAGGGGAAGACUGCCAGUUGAGUCCUGUAAAGGAAAGUUUGCUUCCACCUUUGACGGUUAAAUUCCAACAAGGUUUAGCUCAGAAGUUUAGACAACCCUCCGGAACUGGCAUUGACCUUUCGAUGUUCGAGGAAUCAGAAUUGUCAAAGGAGGGGGAAAUGGAUGUAUAUCCCCUGGCAAUUAAGGCAGAGGCGUGCCCGGAUGACCAAAGUGAGUCAGUGGAUGGAAACACAGUUUCAGUGUCCACGAACUCGCAGAUAACUCAGGCUGUGUUUGAAAAGGAGAAAGGUGAGUAUCACGUUAGGGUGGUUAAGCAAAUUUUAUGGGUCAAUGGCAUGAAGUAUGAAUUGCAAGAGAUAUUGGGAAUUGGAAAUUCAACUGAAGGCAAAUGCGAUGAAAGUCAUACCGGGAAGGAAUGUGUCAUAUGCCUUUCUGAACCUCGGGACACUAUUUUACUUCCCUGUCGGCACAUGUGUAUGUGCAGUGGGUGCGCCAAAGUUUUGAGGUUUCAAACGAACUGGUGUCCCAUUUGCAGACAGCCAGUUGGUCGGCUCUUGGAGAUCAAGGUGAACAAUGACACCGAGGAAUGAGUAUACAUGAAGGGUUGUUGCUGCCUUCUCAUUGUAAAGUUCUUCCGUUUAUUAUUAUUAUUAUUAUUUUUCUGUUUGCAGCAAACCCAGCUUGAUCUUUUCCCUUGUUUUCUUCUUCUUUUGGUGAGAUGGGGCUUUCUAACUUCCAUGAACACAGAUUAGAUCUCCCAUCAGAUCACAGAUAUAUGGUUGGAUAUAACGCGAUUUCUGUUAUUUUGAUUUGAUGCUCAACAUAUGAUUUCCAUGA